AAAAAAUUCAUAAAAUCCAGUCUUCAUGUCGGGCGAGUUGAUUGGGCAGACGAGGUGAUGGAACAGACGGGGCAACAGAAGCGGGCGGCGGCAGUAAAGGCAGGCUGGGUGAUGGAAGAUAUACCCAGGAGGUGCAUAUCUCCACGGGCGGUGGGGUCGCCACCCAGCGACUCUUUCUUGGACUGACUUGGGCCUGGGCUCUACAUCUUGUGUCUACGCGCGCAUGUCUCGUUUCGUAGACUCGCGCAUUCGAUAUAGGAUGGGUGUGCGAUGACGGCGAUGGCUACGAGGCGUCGCGGUGGCGCCAUACCACCUCACUUGCCAUACGAUCGCGUCAUGGUGGAGGAUCGGUUUGAAUGGUUUUGACGGAAACAAGAGCUUACAGGAGGAGGACUUGGACGUCAGGACGGCGACGGCGGCACGCAUCGAGCUCCUCCAGCGACCAAGUGCCAUCGACCCAGACGUUGGCUUGGGGCUGCGAGAACACAACCGAUCGAAGUGACGAACUGGCAAAGAUCGCAUGGAGUCCUGCGUUCGAGAACGAAACGUUGCUGACGUUGAGAAACGUGACCGUGGGACACGUGCGCAGGAGGUGGUCGACGUGGACAUUCGCCGACGCGGCAGUUGGGUCCCAUCCGGUCAGGACAAGUUGGGUCAAGUUUGGUACAUCGCUCGAGGUGACGAACUUGGGGACGUUCAGCGAUCGACACCACGCGCACGUGAGAGAAUUCAGUCGGGGACACUGGAGCUCGAGAUCGGUUAGUUGAUCGCAUCCAGACAAGUGUAGCGACUCGAGAGUUGGCGACGACAGCAACAAUUCCGAUAACUUGGUGCAGUAGGACACUGACACAUGAACGAGGUGGUCCAUCUUGUUCAAGUACACUGCAAGCGUUCCGUUGAAAUAUGUGUCCGUGAUGAGGGUGUGGCUCCCUGUCAACACAACUUGCCUUGCUCGCGAUGCAUGUCGUACCAACGUCGUCACGGCAUGUCGGUGCUUCUCGAGGCUGUACGACAUGUUGAUGAUGCGCAUCUCCCCCAAAAAGGACGUCCAAGCGGAAUGGAUUGACUUGUUCAGGGCGUAGCACGAUGCCAGGUCCAUGGACGGCAAGAACGCCAUGAUGUGCCACAAGGCAUCAAGCGGACACGUUUCCAUCGCGAACGAUGGAAUGAGUGUAUUGAAUAUUAGAGAAAUGCAUUAAGUUUGAAAGGAUAUUCGACCUUGAGGAUAUUUCUUCGGGCAUGAAGGUAAUCCCGCUCGACCGAUGGCUCGACAAGACGAGGACGCUGCUGCAGAUGGAGCGAGAGGCCGAGAUCGGCCAGGCCAAGAUCGAGAACGACACACUACCACCGGUGUCGAACCCGAACGUCCUCUUGCACUUGCUCAUGACGUCCGCAUCGACGGGACUCUUUGGACGUAGGGUGCUUGUGCUCAAGCACAACCAAGGCCGGGAAUUCGGAGCACACCACUUCAACGUUGGCGACUUGGUGUCCAUGUGCAUUCCUACCGCAUCGUUGACUCCAGCCAAUGCAGACGGGUUCCCAAAGGGUAUCGUGACCAAAGUCGAGGACAAUAGCAUCGCCGUGGCGUUUGAAGAGCUGGAGGACACCGAUGCAUACCACAACGAAUCGAUUCGGUUGGAUCGUCUCGUGAACGACGCGACGUAUCGAAAACUCAUGGAAGGUCUCGACGUUCUCGCUAAGUAUACCGACGGACCUGCACGACACAUUGUCGACGUGAUCUUCCACGGCGCGGCUCCGUCGUCCAGUCCCCUUCCUUCCAUCGACUUGUCGCGACGUUCCACCAUGAAUCCAUCGCAAGUGGGCGCGAUUCAGUUUGCGCUUGAGUCGAAAGACAUUGCGAUGAUCCACGGACCUCCUGGCACAGGCAAGACGACGACGCUCGUCGAGUUCAUCACCCUGUGCGUCCAGCAGUACCAGAUGAAGGUUCUCGUUUGCGCGCCAUCGAACAUUGCCGUCGACAACAUCCUGGACAAGAUGGCGUCGGCGCAGGCGUCGAAAAAGUCUGGGAAGCUACGAAUGACGCGCCUCGGCCAUCCCGCACGCCUACUGCCUCAUGUGCUCAAACAUUGCCUCGACUCGAAGAUCCAGUCGGCGGAAGGCACACAGAUCAUUGCAGAUAUCCGAAAGGAACUAGCAGGGCUCAAACCAUCCAAAGCAACAUUUCACGCUGUCCGGCAAGAGCGGAAGGCCCUUCGAAAGGAGAUUCGAGUGCGUGAGGAAAAGGUGGUGUCCGAGAUCAUCGAACACAGCGACGUUGUAUUUGCCACGAACGCCGGUGCCGCGACAAAGUUGCUGAGAAAUGUUGUCUUUGACGUUGUCGUCAUUGACGAAGCUGCUCAAGCACUCGAAGCGAGUUGCUGGAUCCCUUUGCUGCUUGGGAAGCGCUGCGUGCUGGCAGGUGAUCACCACCAGCUACCCCCGACGAUCCAGAGCGAGCAAGCUGCGAGAAAAGGCCUUGGCUUGACACUGUUUGACCGAGUGACCCAGAUGGAGCACUCGAAGGGCGUCGUGCGGAUGCUCUCGACGCAGUAUCGCAUGCACCACGAUAUCUCGAGCUGGUCGUCAAAAGCCAUGUACGCCAACCAACUGGCGAGUUGCGACAGUGUCGCGACGAGAAAAUUGAGCGACUUGGCCCACGUGAACAUUGAAAGCGACGCACUGGAUGCAACGUUGCUGCUUGUGGACACGGCUGGCUGUGGCUUGGACGAAGAGAGUGAAGAAGGUAGUGGCAUCCUCAAGGCGUCGAAGUCCAACCAAGGCGAGGCCCUGGUAGCCGUGCAGCACGUCAAGGCUUUGUUGGCGACGGGUCUCCGGCCGUCCGAGGUGGCCGUGAUUACACCAUACAACGGGCAAGUGGGAGUGCUCAAGCGCUUACUGCACCCCGACCAUCCGACCGUUGAGAUUCGAUCGGUGGAUGGGUUCCAGGGGUGCGAGAAGGAGGCGGUCGUGAUGAGUCUGGUGCGAUCCAAUGCGACGAAACAAGUGGGUUUUCUCGCCGACGACCGGCGCAUGAACGUUGCGAUCACGCGGGCGAAGCGUCAUGUCGCACUCAUUUGCGACACGGACACGUUGUCCAAGCACCCGUUCUUGAAGGCAUUGAUUGAUCACUUUGAAGAGCAUGGCGAGUGUCGCAGCGCCCACGAGUACUUGGAUGUUGUCGAAGGAGGCGAGACCAGCUCCGCCGUGGCGGCGGCAAUCAAGGCUGCGACGGCAGUCGGCGCCUCAAGCAAACCCAAGACAGCCGAGACGAAGAAACUUCCGUCGACUGCUCCAAAGCUCACGCAGGUGAAAACAAAAGCCCCAAAGAGCACUGGUCCUACACACUCGCCACGUUCGCCACAGGAAGAACCAGUCCGUGCGACCCAACUUGUCGAAGAGGAGACUCCUGUGCCGCUACAUGGCACGGAAGAAGUUCCAGCAGCGCAAGGCGUUGUAGUCCCAGAAGAGAAAGCAGAGGUAUUAGUGGAAGAACGCGUGCAUGUCACGAGCGCAUUUGCGUUGCUGAGCGACGGCGAGUCCUCUUCCGCAGAAGAGAACAGAUCUGACGACGAUAGACACGAUGCAACGCACGGUGGUCGAGAGAAUGCACCCUCGAUGAAUGCUACAUUAAAGGAACUGCAUAUGGCACGACUGGCUCGCAAUCCGCCGCCGCCGUCGAAAAAGUCUGCAAAGAAGACAAAGAAGGGAAAGUCGGAACAGUUGCUGGUCAAAGGUCAUGGGGAAUGCCCCCCAGACGAGGACGAGUGGGGCUUCUUAGACCGGCUAGUGGCCUCUGCCAACUCAUGUGCGUUCGUGUCGUGUACCCAAAAGACCCACGUCACUGGCUCCGUGUGCAAGUUCUGCAAGUACAAGUUUUGCUAUUCCCACGGUCUUCCAGAGGUUCACGGGUGUGGCUCUGCCGUCCGUGCGUUCGAGAGGGCCAAUGCCGCCCCUGCUCGGAAGCCCCCCAAGGCGGCGAAUCGGCAAGCACUUCAGAAAGCGCUGGACACCAAGCUGACGAAGGCAUGCCAGGAUCGCAAGCCCAAACCCAAGAAGACGACGCCAUGAUGCAGUUGAAAACCGUUCGAAGCGUUGCCAUGACUAAUUGGUCAAAAUAGUUGCAAUGACUAAACUACUUCGAC